AUGGCUGUCCAAUUGCUUGAUGGUGGUCUGGGUACGUCCCUCCAAGAUCACUACGGCGUGAAAUUUGACUCCGCUUCCACCCCUCUUUGGUCCUCCCAUAUGAUCGUCUCCGACCCCUCCACCCUCCUCUCCUGCCAGCGUGAUUUCGUGGCCGCCAACGUCGACGUCCUCUUGACCGCAACCUACCAAGUCUCUAUUGAAGGGUUUGCGCGUACCAAAACCCCUGAAUACCCCGACGGCAUUCCCCGCCAUGCUAUCCCCACAUUCCUGCGCACCGCCGUCGAAGUCGCCGAGAAAGCCAAGACCGAUCGUACCGCAAUUGCGCUGAGUCUGGGCCCUUACGGCGCCUGCAUGAUUCCUGGCCAGGAGUAUAGCGGAGCCUACGAUGCCGAACACGAUAGCGAGGAGGCUCUGUUCCGGUGGCAUCUAGAGCGGUUGCAGCUGUUUGUCGAGGCGGAUUUAGUUCCUCGCGUGCAGUAUGUGACGUUUGAGACCCUGCCUAGGCUAGAUGAGAUCCGGGCUGUCAGGCGAGCAGUUCACGCGGCCAGCAUCACGGCUCCGUUUUGGAUUGCCUGCGUCUUUCCCGACGAGACGGACACGCUGCCCGAUGGAAGUAGCGUUCAACAAGUCAUUCAGGCGGCAUUGGGAGAUAUCAACGGCGGAGCGACACCAUGGGGUGUUGGUAUCAAUUGCACCAAGAUCCACAAAUUGGCCGGGUUGGUCGAGAAAUUCGGAGGCAGCGUCACACAGAUGUGCACUGCAGGCCAGAUCCCAGAUUUGCCCAGCCUUGUGCUCUACCCAGAUGGUACCAACGGCGAAGUCUACAAUACUACGACGCAGAUUUGGGAAAAGAAGGAAAAGGCCGGCCAUGAUUCGCGUCCUUGGGAAGUACAGCUAGCCCAGAUCGUGCGGGAUGCUCGUGCCAAGGGCCAAUUCAAAUCCUACCUGGUGGGCGGAUGCUGCAAGGCAUCUCACUACGACAUUAAAAAGCUGGGAGAGCAGUUUAGGACCGACUAG